AUGACUGAUUUCGCACAAGACAGUUCGAAAGAUACAGCAGAUGUCAACGGCCCUGGUUCGUUGUAUAAGCCUUACAUGGAGUGCGAAAAUGUGGUUGAAAAAUUGAAACUUUUAAAUUACGAGCAAGACUAUGUGAAAUUAUCUUCCAGAUACAGGCUGAUCUCGAGGCACUACUUUGUCAACAGCAGUAACGUUGGUGAACAGUUUUUUCUAUUUACAACUCUUUGUGGAUGGCUUAUCCAAAAGUUUUUGAACGAUGGCUUCGUUAUUCCUCAAGAACUUUAUUCUCGCACAACAACCGAGCCGAGUUUUAUGUCUCUUUUACAGUUAGAUGAACCGAAUACAACAAUAUCAAAUAUCCUGAGCGAAUUAAAAAGUAAGGGAAUUACUGACGAAGUUACAGCAAGUCAUUUAAAGUCUGGAUCUGGGCACCAGUGUAUCUUGGUUCUUGAUAGGCUAACUGAUCUUGCAUUAUUAAGCAUCGGAUUUCAGUGGCAAAGGUAUGCCAGUAGUUCGGAUCUAGAAGAAGAUGUUGCGGAUGCUGAAGAUUUUGACGAGGGAGCACUUCUGGACCUUAGGGUACCAUCUAUUACAAAUGCAAACCUAUUUCAAAAAGACAAACCACUGGAAGAAGUGCUGGAAAGUGAUGUGAAUGCAAAGGAUUGGAAGUUAGAAGUGGAUCGACUUGCUCCGCAGCUUAAAGUUUUUGUUAAACAAGAAGCAAAAGAUUGGAGAGCACAUCUAGAACAAAUGAAAGCUGCACAUAACGGUGUUGAGAAUUUUAUGAGCAAAGUUAGAAAUCAGUUUGAUCUUAUUUCCACGGAACUAAGCAAAGAACUGGAAAGGAUUUCCACUCGGGAAAAACAUCUGAACAACCAGCUUGAGCCUCUCUUACGAGACUAUCGUAGCAUCCAGAACAAAUUAGCGGAAACCAAAGAGAACUACAGAGAAGCUAGUGGAGGAUUAAGAGAACGUACUGCAACCCUUCAGCAGAUUACGGAAGAGUUAAAUCAGAUGAAAACAGAUAUUGAAGAGCAAAGCCAAAAAAAUAGUGAUGCAGCUCCUAUUGUUCGUAUAAAACAAGCGAUUGUUAAACUGGAAAAUGACAUCAGGAUAUUUAACGUACAAAUUGGUGUACUGGAAUAUUCGUUGUUGCAAAGUGAAGUAAGGCAACGAAAUUGGCAUAUUACUAGUCCGUAA